AUGGUCUGGGUCAGAAGGGACCUUAAAGCUGGCUCAGUUCCACCCGCUACCAUGGGCAGGGACACCUCCCACUGCAUCAGGGGGCUCAAAGCCCCACCUUGGCAGGAAGCUUGUUUGUUUUCUAGGAUAGAUAUUCUCUGCUUUCUUUCAGCUCUUCAAAAAAGCAUUGCCACUUGCAUACCUCUGCUCUAAGACCCUCUCUGAAGGCAUGAGCCAUUGGGCACUCAGACAUGGAUCUGGACACCGGGACUCCUCGGAUUCUUGGUGAUUUUCCCACUGCCACAAAAAAAACUCCUUUUGGGCACAUCACUCAGCAUCACGGUAUUCCAGGUAUCCUUAUCCAGAGAUCCCAUCUGACUAACCUUAGGUAACAGCGUAUUUGAACAUGACCAAUGGGAGAACUAAUUAGAUAAUGGCCACUGCAUAGGCAGAGCUAAGCUGACAUUACAUCAAGGGAGAUGCUAAUUGCAGCUGAUUAAUCCAAUAGUGAGUGCCAGAAAAAAUACACAUGCAGAAGUGGCAUUCACUGCUCAGCUAUUAAUUCCCAUGGCAUGCCUCAUUUCCAAGAGAGUUCCGCCACAUAUAAGAGCUUUCAGCCCCAGCACUGUCCUCAGGACUCGGACUCUCUGCUCAGCCCAUCUGUCACCAGGACUGUUUAUCCCUAAAGGCUUGGCCACCUCUGCCACAGGAUGCACUACCUUAAAGGCAGUGGAGACCAGGACUUGUGCCACGAUGGCUCAGUCUACGGCGAGAAGGGUGGGACGUGGCAUGGUUCCUCAGGAUGCUGCCACGAAAUCUCUGUGGGCACCACAACCCUCCCUCCCUGCCACAACCCUGGCAGCAUCAGCCGUGACAUCGAGGGGUCCUGCCAGAGCGAACCACAAGGCUGCCAGCCCAUGGAGCGGUGCCCACCCCAGAGCUGCUGCUCACCGCAGCAAAGCUGCGACUCUGGCAAGCCCCGGCGGCGAGUGGAAGUGAGCCACGUGCAGCCCAUCUGCCCUCCACCAGUGAAAAUCCACCGCCGGCCACUGCAGCAGUACCGCCCUCCCCUGCAAAGCGAAGAACCGGGUUGCUGCAAGCCCCGGCGGCGAGUGGAGCAGUGCCCCGUGCAGGAGAUCUGCCCACCCGUGAUAGUGCAUCCCCGGCCACGGCAGCAUCACUGCCCCUGCAUUCCAUCCUGCCACCCACCCUUCCAGCAUCGCUGCCCCUCCAUCCCGUGCUGCCAUCCACCCUUCCAGCGCAGCCGCCCAGGCCCUGUGCCCCUGCCACUGCACCCCAGCCAGCACCAGCAAAAGCAGGUCCCUGUUUUGCCACCCUGUCUGCAGAAGAAAUGAGCAGAGGGGCCAGCAAGGUGCUGAAACCCCUCCCCAGCAUGUGCCCACGCGCUGCUCAAGGUGGGGAUGCUGGUGCUUCCACCUCCGCUUUCCACAUGAUGCAACGCUGCCAGGAUAGUUGCUGCUUUUUGCACACUUGGAUUCAGGGUCCUCCAUCCCUUGCUUGACCCCAGCACUGGCACUUUACAUCCUCAGGGUCUUCUCCUGCCAGGCAAUAGGCUUUAAUCAUCAAAAACUCACUUUGCUUCUCCUUGAGGUGGACUAAAUAGUUCUCUCCUCUUCUGAGAAGAUGAGCAGCCUGGCAAUGGAUAAUGUGCAUGGAAAGAGCCUGAGCAAAGAUGGGCAAAACCAGCUUGCAUGGAUUCACCUUCUUGCAUGGGUUCACUGGACUGUGAUUUCAAGCUUGUUCCAGAGCGAGACAGGACUAUAGUGAAAAAAAAGUACACGCUGCGAGUGCAGGAGCAGCAAGGACUCCUGCAGUUCUAUUCUCUCCCUGUGUAUUCAAGAAUAAAGUUGAAAAAAAUGAGUUCACACU